AUGACCAGUAAAUGCUUUGUCCAGCAGGUCCUCGAACCCAUCAAGAUCAUCGACAUAGUCCAUGACGAUGCAUCAAGGCCUGGGCUGCUGCGGUCACGCGAGCUUCAUAACCUCGAGGACCUCAGUCACUACUUUGAACAGCCUGAGCAUUCCGCUUACAAAUGUCGCAUCAUCUUCAUAUGCCAGCGUAACUCCUGGAGACCGCUGCAGAUUACGCAGUUGAUGCUACAACGCAUCGCUCUGGAGCACCGACUCGGCCCGGCAUUCCUUGAUCUGCCGUCCUGCUUCUACAACAGGAACCAGGCAACAGAGGAGGCAUAUUCGUUACCCAUCUCGCAUAACACAGAUGGAUCUCGGACGGAACUCACGUACACGGUGCGCUACCCGGAAUUCAAGCAGACCGACAGCAAGUGGGCCAUUCGGCAGAGUGGAGUCUGUCACUCCUACGAUAGACAGACCUCGCAGCACUUGUUUGUUUUGUUCAGUCCAACACCGCAUUCGGCAUUGCAAGAACAGGCAGAGAGAUACCUGGCGUCGAAGUCGGAGGCCUCACAGGCCUCGGCAUUUUGGAUGCAUCAGUUGCUUUUCUCAACGUACUACCCCAACUGGAGGAAGUACAUUGCCUCUGAGGAGCAGGUCUUCUUGCCCAUUUCUGGCACCACGUUUUCGACUUAUAUCGAUCAGCCUCUGCGAUUUGGGUAUGAUCAGCUGAGCGUCCUGAUCAGUCUGCACAAUCGGUUCUUGCAGAUGCCAGCCAUGCUCGCCCAUGGCGCCGAGAUCUUGGACGAGCUCGACUGUGUACUUGGCACCACCAGCUCUCACACCCACAACAGCCAAAUUUCAGCAGGCUUUAAAAAUCUGCGCAGACAUUGUCAUGCCAACUCUCGGAAUGCACUCUAUCUCCAGCACCGGAUACAAUCGACGGCAAAACUUCUCUCAGAUACCCUAUCGUUCCGCGAUCAGGUUGUCGCCAAGGAGCAAAACGGCACGAUGCUGCAGCUGAACAAGUCGGCGGUCUUCAUCACCAUGCUCACGUUGUUGUACCUGCCGGCCUCUUUUGUGGCCUCGUUCUUCGGAAUGAAUUUUUUCGACUACGACAAUGACAGCGGUAGUCUCAUCGGAUCGUCGAUGAUAUGGAUAUUUGUUCUUGCUACAUUUGGCUUGACUGGCGUCACUUUCUUAUCAUACUACUGGCUACUGAAGCACGAUGGUCGGAUAUUCAGCAAGCUGGCCCCGACAGUCCACCUACGAGAUUGGAAGCAUCUCAAGAGACGUUUUUCUCUUAGAGGUGAGCCGCAUGGUGAAAAUCGGGAGAAGUUGCCAAUAUGA